CCAUAUAAUCCAUGAAUAUGAUUUGGCAAUGUAAGCUCCAAUGGGUAAUCUUUUUACUCGUCUAACUACUUUAUUACUAAGUUCGGCCCAUCUUUUAUGAGCCGCCAUAUAGUCCAUGAAUAUGAAUUGGCAAUGUAACAACAAUGAGGCUUUUACUCGUUUACCUGCUUGUGUAAUUAGUUCAUUUGCAGCAUGCACAACAGCUGUUUGUAGAAAGUGUGAUUUGUGAAUAUGGGUGCCCAAAUUCUGCCUAAAGCCUUCGUUGUGCCCAAAUGUUCAGGUUUACAGCCUGAGGGUUCGAAUUCACUUACAAACCAAAGCUUUCUGAACACGAAAACAAAACGUGCUUCAAACUGGUCACUAAAAGUAUCUGCUGCUAAUGAGGACCUUAAAGAAAAUAAGCCUUUAGUUAAGAUGUGUGGGGUCACAUCACCUCAAGAUGCAGCUCUAGCAGCAAAAGCCGGUGCAGAUUUCAUAGGUAUGAUUAUUUGGCCAAACUCGAAAAGGUCCAUUUCACUUUCGAUCGCAAGAGAAAUCUCAAAAGUGGCCCGGAAAAAUGGGGCAGAGCCCGUUGGAGUGUUCGUGGAUGAUGAUGCUGAAACAAUAUUACGGGCUGCUAAUGAAGCCGAGCUCGAAUAUGUGCAGCUCCAUGGGAAUGGUUCGCGAGACGCUUUUGAGAUCGUGGUGAAAGAAAACCGAGUUAUUUAUGUUCUUCAUGCGAAUGAAAAUGGGGUUCUUUUGAAUGCUGUUUCGGAUGAAGAAUGCUCUCGAGCUGAUUGGAUUCUUGUUGAUAGUGCUCAAGGUGGCAGUGGUAAAGGGUUUAAUUGGUCUAAAUUCAAGCUGCCGCCUAUUAAGAGCAAACAGGGAUGGCUAUUAGCUGGAGGGAUUAAACCCGAGAACGUGUGUGAUGCUCUUUCGACUCUAAAACCGACAGGGAUUGAUGUAAGUAGCGGCAUUUGUGGCCCAGAUGGAAUACGAAAGGAUGAAUCUCGUAUAAUGUCUUUCAUGGAUGCAAAUUUUUCCUUCCUCCUCUACUUCUCUGCCCAAUUUUUUCUCGCUUUAAUGAGCCCGUUUCUCGCUUUCUUCCUUCUCCAAAUUUUGGUAGUGCUUCUUGCUAACGAUUCACGCCAAUUUUCGCCGCCGCCGUCGUCGAUGCCCGUCACGAUUCACGUCGCCGUCGAAAUUGACCUCCUCCGGCAAGUCGACUGCUCGAGCUCCUCCGGCGAAUCGAACUUCUCGAAGCCGGCACUACCAAAACGGACCCUCAAGGUACGGUUCUAUGAGGUUGAAAUGCAUAUGGAGGGCCUCGAGAAGCUGGUUCCGGAUUGGUUUUGUAAGAAAUUGGCACGUAAUGGUGACCUUUUGUACAGCAUGAAGAAAGUUUCGGAUCUGAAGUCCAUUCGUGAAAGAGUUAAUGUCAUGGGCAUAUUCAUCCAACCGCAGUCCUAA